AUGAAUGUAAAAAUACGUAAUUUCCUUUUCACGAAAAUUGCUGUGUUUGUCCUUGUAUUGAGUAUAUGGAAUUGUUCCUAUGAGGUAUUCAGCUUCUGUGAUCACCAUAAUGGAAGAAGAAACAGGCAAAAUGACAUAUUAUUAGGUGUUAGAGCAAGUAGGUUGCUCUUUGGAGAAUAUAACGUAGUAAAGGAAACAGAAGAUAAUUCUUUAAAAGGAAGAUUUGUUAACAUAUUAGAGAAAGAUGGUAAUGAAUUUUCUAGACACUUAAGUGCUUUAAAACAUGAUGAAAAUUUUCCAAACCAAUUAAAUUUUUGUACACAUUAUGGAAAUGAGCAAAGGCCCCCUAAUGCAUUAAUGCGCGAUUAUGGUUCUGAAUGUGGAUUUAGCCUUUCAAAUUUUUAUGAAAAUUCUAAAAAACCAUUAUAUGAACUAAAACGAAGUGCCUCUGAUGACAGCAUAUUUGGUGGCUUAGGAGUGGCUGAUUCUUACGAAAGUAUCGACCAUAUAUCGAAUGACAGUCUUGACAGCUGUGGACUAGAUAUAGUGAAAAAUGAAAAACACUUUACAAUGGCAAAUGCUAUAAGUGAACAAGAAGAAUUCGAUAAGUUAAUAAGAGAGCAUAAAUCCGGAAAAGCUACCGAAAGGGGCAUAUAUGGACUUUUAAAAAAAGUUGAUAGAAAAGUCGAAUCAGAAAUACUAACACUCAUGAAAUAUGAUUUAGGUUAUGAUAAUAAUAAAGAGCACAGAGGUAAAUGCAGAAGAGGAUAUAAGAAAUUGCUUAAUGAUAUAAAGAAAUAUAGAAUAUUCGUACCCCUUAUGAUUUUUGGUACAAUUGCUGUGGUACUAAUGCCACAUAUUUUCUUUGGUUCUAUUGUGCUUAGUACUGCUGCUUUUUCCACUUCAUUCUUCAAAUUAUAUUUUGUAUCAUUAUUGUCAUCUUUUAUUUUGGGCACCUACUAUCAGAUUAAAUAUGAAAAAUGCAGUAACAUUGUAGGACGCUUUUUAAAAAAUAAGAAGCGUCCUUGUUUAAAAAAUAAAGUACCACCAGCAUAUGUUGCUUUUAGAGAUCUCUAA